ACGAAAUCUUAAACCGUUGCCCGACUACUUGAGAAGUCCAAAGAAAAAUGUCUAUCCUUUGCCGCCGACACAUCAACAAACUCAUUUCGAAGACACUUUUGGUGUACGUGUAUACCAGCCGUAGAUGGACCAAAAAUGGCAGUGAGAAUCCAAACUGAAAUCACCGUAGUAAACGGACCGGAAAAAGUUAUAAAAAUGCAUAAAAUCGAAAACUUCAUUGACUAUUCCAAGUUGUCAGAGUUACACUUCCCCGACGACCCACAUUGGCUAGACAAUUACAUUAGCAACGAAGACGGUCCCGUGGAAGACGAGCCUCGACUUUUGAUUGCAAGGUUCAGAUCAUCACGAAGCAGACCAAACCGUACCGAUCCAAACGCUAAGUCUAUUAGAAAUUGUGUUCAAGUCAUCGCGUUGGGCGCUAAAGAAUCAAAUACAAACAUACAUUAUGAAAUACCGGUAAAACCUAAGAAAAUAAAACAUAAAGCGGCCAAACCUAAAGACACAGGCCCGGGACCGAGCUCUUAUGAUGUUCCUUCGACGUUUGGCAAGCAAAAACCGUAUUACUUCUAUUGUGCCCUGCAGAAGCGCAGCCCGCAACUGAGAUUCUUGGACACGAUGGUUUCCAAAGCUAUUCGAGAAAACAUUCCUGGACCUGGUAAAUACGACGGACCUAAGUCGUCUUUUGAUAAAUCACCAAAAUCGCCGAAACCAUUUGUUUUUCCCACGUGUUCGCUUGUGUAA